AUGGCUUCGUUCGCAGAUGCCCACAGAGAUUUCUUUCACUCAAUCUUCAAAGCGUCUUGUAACAAGGCAACAGUCGCAACAGCAGAGCCAGAUUUGAGUACAGUUGCAAGAGCGGAGCCAGAUUUGAGUCUUACGCUUGGGAGGAGGAGUUCUUCAAAUGUUUUUAUUGUGCAUGGUAAAGAUGAAAAGGAUUGGUUGAGACUUGGGGUUCCAAACACUACAGUUUCGUCAUUGCCAAGUGUUGCUGCUUCAUCAUUGUCAAGUGCUGCUGCUUCAUCAUUCUCAACAUUAACUCCUGAAUUAGAAAAGGUAGAGAAAUCGUCAAACACAAAACCUCCUUUUCGUGAGAAGAGAACAAGGAUUUCUUCCGACAAAAGCAAUGAUGAAGCUCCCAUGGCAUGUAUUUUUUGUGGUGGUGCUGCUAGAUUUGACUACUACAACAACAAGAAUGUCAAUCAGCCAAGGUUUCGGUGCCUGAAGUGCAAGAAGAAGUUCACUCCAGGCGCAAGUUUGAGGGGAGCACAGCGCAAGAAACUUGCAGAGCUCCACAGGAUGACUCAACAAGUUUGUAAAUUUAACACAUCCACCAAAGAAUAAUUUUGUUACCAAA